GGAGAAGACUUCUGUUUCCAUUCCAGAAGUGAACUUCCAUGGAGAAGCCAGCAACACCAGGUGCAGCUGUUUCUAGGCCUGCAACCACAUUUGUACAAACCGACACAAACACUUUCCGAGAGAUUGUACAGCGCUUAACAGGUCCAUCAGAAACUGAUGCAUCACAGGAAGGCUCUCUCGACAGAGUUGGGAGCAUGAAGACAAAGAGGCCAACAGUUUCACUGCAUGAGAGAAGGCAGUGCUGCACAAGGCAGAAGCUUAAGAUAGUUAAACCCACCAUCCACUUCAAACCUGGUUCAUCAACAGACCAACAUUCCUCACUCUCCAAAUCAAUCACCAAUUCUGAUGCCAUCUUAAGUCCGCUGGGAACCCCUACUUCAAAUUUCUCGAAGCUUUCCAUAAUUGAGCUACAAAACAAGGAACACACACCUCCACAGUUAAAUAGUCAAGAAGAAGAAAGAGCCAUAAGAGAAAGGAGAUUCUAUCUGCAUCCGUCUCCCCACUCUGGGCCAGGGUCUACUGAACCAGAGUUAUUAAAUUUAUUCCCUUUAACUUCUCCUCAGGCAAGUGAAGGAUCAUAAAUCCAGCAGUAAACCUUGCUCUUUAUUUGUAACUUUAGUCAGUAGUGCAUGUGUGCAAACCCCACUAAACAAACCCC